AUGUGGGAUGUUAUCUCAGAUGGUCCUAUUUUAAUUAUGAAGGUCAAUCCUUCAUCUAUAGCUAAGGAUAUACUGUUCAAAGCUGUGGAUGAUACAAUCUUUCCAAAAAUCCGUAAGUGCAAAACAGCUAAAGACGUGUGGGAUGUCUUAAUCCAAAUCGGCGAAGGAGACGAACAGGAAAAAGACAACAAACUCACAAUUGCAAUGAAAAAGUUUGAAGACUUCAAGAUGCUACCAAGUGAAAAGAUUGCAGACAUGGAGUCUAGAUUGGUCAAAGUUUUGGAAGAGAUUACUGAUCUUGGAAAGACCCUCGAUCAAAAAGAAAUCUCUCUCAAAAUACUCCGCGGACUACCGUCAAGUUGGGAUAUGAAAGUGACAGCCAUGCGAGACCAUAGGGAUCUAAAAGUUGUUUCAACUGACAAACUUUUUAGUGAUCUCAAAGCGUACGAGUUCGAGAUGAAAUCAAAACUUGAGGAGGAACGUGAAGAAAGAACCACAGCCUUAGUAGCCGAGCAACCAUCAAACUCAUGGAAAUUCAAAAAAUUCAUGCGGAAGAACAACUUCAACAAUUCAUCUCAAAGAAAUCAAGGAAGUUCAUCCAGAAGACCUAGAAGAGAAUUUUCUGAUGAUAACACAAACUUGUGCUACAACUGUAGAAAACCAGGACAUUUCAUGGCAGAAUGUCCAUACCCCAAGGAAAUAUCUGAAUCAAAGGAUAGAAGAUUCAAGAAGGAUAAAAGGAAAGCUUUAAUAAGUGACCCUCUUGAGACAAGUGGGUCUGAGGAAUCUUCAAGUGAUGAAAGUGAUAGCUCAACGGAGGAUACUGCACUGCUGUGUCUUUUAAGCAUAACCAGUGAAUCAGAUUUCCAGGAAAAAUGCUUAAUGGCGCAUGAAGUAGAAAAAGACGAGGUAACAUCUAAAUCAUUUGAUUAUGCAAACUCAUCUUUUUCUAGAGAAUCUAUAUUUCAAUUAAUGAAAGAUUGUCAAACUGUUAUGGACACUCAUUCUCAACUCAAAGAGCGCAAUAAUUCUCUGAUUCUUGAAAAAGAUAAAAUAAAUGAGAAAUUGCAAGAUGCUUUACUUGAGAUGAGAAACUUGAAAGCUGAAAAUAUUCGCCUUCAAGAAGAGUGUAAAGCUAGAGAAAUUAGAGAACAUAAUCUUAGGGAGACAAUAGCAUCAUUUACACAUUCAUCCAAAAUAAUGGAUAAAAUGGUAAAUAUGCAAAAACCCUCAGGAGAUAAAGCCGGACUGGGCUAUGAUCCUACAUGUUCUAAAAUUUCUGAAAACUUGACUAAUUCUACUACUUCUUUAAUUAAUAAAGCUCAAGUAGUAAAAUUUGUCAAAAGUCAAGAUAGCACUAUGAGACAAGGAAUUGGCUAUCAAACUAAUGCUAGAAUUAACACUGCAAGGCCGAAGCUUCAAAGCAAUAAUUUUUCGCCAAUGCAGAAAUUUAGAAAGCAUGAGUUUGGUUCUCGUAAGAGAUUUACCAAUGAGUCAAGUGCGCAAAGACCUCAUAGGAAACAAUUUCCAAUGAUGAGGUUUGGUAGGGAUUAUCCUACUGAAGAGGACUGGCAUGAUGAAAUCAAACCAUGGACAAAAACGAGAGCAUAUGCCACCCGUGGGUUAGUCAAGGUCCUCCUCCUCUUGCUCAGAAACUAA